AUGACCUCCUCAGAGCAGCGGCCCCAGGCGCCACGACGGCCUACAAAUGUCAGCUCUCUACUGCUAACUCCACAAGAGAACGAAGUGCUCUUCAGUCAUCUGGGCAGGAAAUGCAGCACUUUGAGUUCAGCGGUGGUGCAGGUGUAUGCAGGAGAAAGAGGUUCAUCAUGGGUGAAGAAGUGCUGUGGAGUGGCCUGUCUGGUGAAGGAUAACCCUCAGAAAUCCUACUUCAUCCGUGUGUUUGAUAUCAAAGAAGGAAAGACCUUGUUUGAACAGGAACUUUACCUUGGCUUUACAAUCAGCUCUCCCAGGUCAUACUUCUUGACGUUCCCAGGAGAUACCUGCCAGAUUGGCCUCAACUUUGCCAGUGAAGAGGAGCUCAAGCGUUUCCGGACUAAUGUCAGUGACCUGAUGAACAGGAGACAGCGAAAGAGUGACAAAAGGCGUGACCCACCAAAUGGACCUGCCUUGCCUAUGGCAACCAUGGAUAUCAAGAAUCCAGAGAUCAACAAUGUUCGCCUUCAUAACAACUCCCAGUUCAACAACAUGGUCCACAGCGGCUUCAAUAAAAGAGACAAAGGGAAGAACAAAGGCAAGAAAAAGAAAAUCACCAAGGCUGACAUUGGCACCCCCAGCAACUUCCAACACAUUGGGCAUGUAGGCUGGGAUCCAAACACAGGCUUUGAUUUAAAUAAUCUGGACCCAGAACUUAAAAACCUCUUUGACAUGUGCGGUAUCUCAGAGACCGAUCUAAAAGACAAGGAGACAUCGAAAGUCAUUUAUGACUUCAUCGAGGAGAAAGGAGGAGUGGAGGCUGUGAAGAAUGAGCUGCGCAGACAACCUCCACCUCCUCCACCUUCCAGAGGUGGACCCCUACCCCCUCCACCUCCCCACAGCUCAGGGCCGCCACCACCACCACCACCCUCCAGAGGAGGCAGAGGUGCACCACCCCCUCCACCCCCAUCCAGAGCACCCAGCUCUGCCCCCCCUCCACCUCCACCCUCCAGGCCAAGCAUGGGAGCUCCACCGCCACCACCCACCAGAGGACACCCUCCCCCACCCCCACCUGCUCCUGCCUCCAUGGCCCCACAGGGACCUCCUCCACCUCCUCCUCCUCCUAUGGGUACUGGAGGAGCUCCUCCACCCCCUCCACCCCCACCCCCUCCUCCUGGGCCUCCACCACCAGGACCUCCACUUCUGCCAGACAUGGAUUCAGGGGAGCCACUGCCCUCUCCUAUGGGGGGUAAGUCAGCACUACUGGACCAGAUUCGUGAAGGCACCCAGCUGAAGAAGGUAGACCAGAACAAUCGGCCUCCUGUGUCCAGCACUGGCCGUGAUGCACUCUUAGACCAAAUACGACAGGGCAUCCAGCUCAAGACCGUGACUGACGCCCCAGACUCUGCUCCGCCCACUCCCGCACCCUCCUCAGGAAUCGUGGGAGCUUUGAUGGAGGUGAUGCAGAAGAGGAGUAAAGCCAUCCAUUCUUCAGAUGAAGAUGAGGAUGAUGAUGAUGAAGAGGACUUCGAGGAUGAAGAUGAGUGGGAUGACUAAUGAAUAAACCUCCAUAUACACUCCCCCCCAACCCCUCCCAUGCCCUGAAUAAAUAAGACACUAAAUUGUUCUUGUCUCUGUAAAAUUGUAUUCAAAUGAUAAUGUAAAUGGUCUGUCGAUUUGCUGUAUAUUUUUGUUGCCUUUUGCUUUUUUUAUUAAUCUGUGCAAUACCUCAUUUAAUCUGUAAAGGUUUGUCAUGUAUCUUCUGUAAAGUGUUUUUUUUUUCUCCAGGAUUAACAUGUGCAAUUUUACAUCAAGUUUUCGUGAUCUGUAGAGUUGAAUUUUUUUUUUCUUUCGCAAAUGUGGAAGGGAGACAUAAGGAACACGUUUGGCAAAUGCAUCAUGUUGUCAUUUUUAGUCAAAGCGAGAACACUAUUUUCAUACCUUAAUCUUCUGUACCUUACUUUUCUUAUUCAAAUUUUAGUUUAGCACUAUUAUUUUCUUAAAAAUCAGCUUUUUGGAAUAUUUAGCCCCAUUUCUGUUGAUUGUAAAUUUACUCAGAGUUUGAGUCUGUUAUAUUUUUGCACGAAUCAAAAAAAAAAAAAAAAAGACAAAAAUUCACUAAACAAAUGCAGGGCAGUGUCACAGCUGUAUUUACUAAGACUUGAUCCAAUGGCAUUGGAAAAUUCUCGGCAUCAUGGGACACUACCUUAAGACAGGAUGUUUCUUGUAGUUUCAUGACUAACUUUGUGUUGUUUUUUGUUUUGUUUUAUUGUCAUUACUAAGGAGAUUUCAAAUACAUAUUUGUACCCUUUAGCAGUCAGACAAGGGGUCAGGAUGGUUUGAAUCAGGACACAUAAAAGUAGAACAGGUAUAACACUAAAGUCAUUUUUAAUCUUACAAACACACAGCUAACUGACAUUUAGUUUGGUGUCCUAUUACUAAUGGUUGCCAUGCAGAAGUACUGUCUUAACAAACUCAUCACCCUGUGAGAUAUUUUUCAGGGGCCAUGGCUUAACACUAAUAAAAACAUGCAGGUUGUAACACCCACCAGAGCAUUAAACUAUUUAGAAAGAUUGAAUGCUGUUUUUAACAGUGUUGUAUGUCAGCUAUUUUAUUGUUUUUCAGCUGGGGUUAGCCUUGCAUUAAGAAACCAUGUGGACAUAAAACCUUUGCAAUUAGGUUGC